AUGGAACCAGCAUAUUUGCCAAUGGGGUUUCAAUCCGGUCUCUUUAUAGAAGAUGCAGAAAGCGGAUUGAAUCGGUCGACACAUGAAAUAAGACGCUACAACAGCCACGUCGUGACGGCGGGCAUUGUUCAACAGUGGAUUCCAGCUACGGUGAUAGAGCCUAACGCAGGCGUGCUGCAAAGCAACACAGCGUACUUUGCAUGCGGCAGACUGAUUUCAACCGAGGUCAACGGGGGCACAAUAUUGUAUCCGGAAUCUGUAUGCAUGGCUGCUUUGCAGUGUGAAAGAUCAAGGCAAAGGAUGGCGGCCGCGGGGACCCUCGUCACCAGUAUUGGGAGGAUUCUCAGCUGUGACUUCUCACAUGUGGACAAUUGCUGGGUCGUGGUAGCAUUACAUCGAGAUUGGGAUCCUGAAGCAAGGUGGAAAUUAAUAGCCCCUGCACAAAUCUUUGCAGGGAGGGCGGCAACAACCGCUUUAAUAAUGACUUGGAGCGGGAUUGUGCGAAUACGUGAUGAGCAUUAUGUAAGUGAUGGGCGCGGACACCGACACCGAUGCCUCGACGUUGUCCCCGAUAACAUCUCCGCCCGCCGUAUUGCCUGCCCUUUUACUCUUAAUAUUGACGACUUCCAAGCAUUGGACAAUGGAACAACGGUGCACGUAUCUGGAGAAGUUAUAGCACCCAACAACGGCAUCAAAGCAAUGAUGUUCAUGUAUGGCGAUGUGGAACAGGCCGCAGUGGCGGCGAAUUCACCAACUGGAGAGGCCUUGAAUAUGGUUGAGGUAAAUAGUCGCGGAAGAGUAUUGCAAUACAUUCAAAAAGAAGACAACUGGGACUGCAUGCUGGUGAGACAUAAGGUAUGGGUGGAUAUCUCAGGGGUGUGGGAAGAAUUCGUGGCAAUGUAUGUUGACAUCGGUGAUGAAGUAUUACGACGUUCACCGACAGUGCAACCCGGAGCGGUAGUAGAAUUGAAAGGGAGCGUAUUGGAGUUUUGCAAAGAGGGAAACAUGUGGGCAAUACAUGUGAUUGAAACAAAAACGUAUUACAUAUCGAUGAGACUCAAGAGUUGGUGUCAAUUCAGGAUGGAGGAAGGCCACGCUGGCGGUGACUGCGACGGACGCCAGUGGUUGGGUAAACGAUUUGAAAAAUCUCUGACGCCUGUAGGGAAAUUUACGGUAAUGGGAGAUGCCGAUAGAAUGGCAUUAGUGAGCGGGUUCUUUAUAGAAUUAAAGAAGCGUAAUGUGGUCUUGAUGAGGGCUGAUAACAUGGAAUCAUGGUGUCGCGUUGAAUAG